CGGGGACCAAUCACCACUUGCCAGAAAGUACUUCAUAUCUUAGCAGAGAUUAUACAAUCAUUCCCGUACACUAAAAUCAAAUCAUUCAAAUAAUAUUGAGAAAUACUUCUAUUAAAUCAUUCAAAUCAUACCAAAAAAACCAUGAUCAAACUCAUUUCAGAAUGUUUUGUAAAACCAAAGUAUGUAACCGAAUCUUCAAAAAAGCUUUACCAUCUAAGUCCUGGUGAUAUUGUCAUGUUAUCCAUAGAUCCCAUUCAAAAAGGCCUUCUUUUUAGCCUUAAUAAUCACAAUAACACAACAGAAAUUGUCUCUAACUUAGUACAAAACCUUAAACACUCAUUAUCUAUUGCCCUUGUUCAUUUCUACCCAUUAGCUGGUCGUUUUACGACACGAAAACUCGAGAACGGCUCUUCGAUUUUCAUCGAUUGUAAUAAAGGCCCUGGUGCGAGGCUCAUCCAUGCUAGGGCCUUAAACCUUAGUGUAUCUGAUAUUGUGUCUCCUAUUGAUGUUACUAUUUGUCAUUGCUUAUUUGAUCUUGGAGAAAAAAUGGUUAAUUUUGAUGGGAUUUCUAAGGCUUUAUUGUCUAUACAAGUAACGGAACUUCUUGACGGGCUUUUUAUCGGGUUUAGUAUCAACCAUACCAUAGUAGACGGUACGUCUUUUAUUCAUUUUGUUAGUAUGUUAUCUGAAAUUUAUAAUUCGACCCAUAGUUUUUCUAGUUAUAAUAAAAUUGUACACAUUUCACGUAUGCCCGUUUUUAAUUAUAAUAAAUUUUGGUUUGAUGGUGACCCUGAGGAAGAUUCGAUUCUUAAGAUUCCGGUUUUAAACUUAAAUCAGUUAAUUUUUCGUGGGUAUAAUCCCGGUCAACUAAGGGAAAGAAUAUUUCAUUUUUCAUCUAGUUCAUUGAAAAAUCUUAAGAUCAAGGCUAACCAAGAAUGUGGGACCCAUAAUGUUUUAUCAAGUUUUCUAGCUUUGACUGGUUUUGUGUGGAAGUCUAUUACCAAAGCUAGGAACUUACCCUCCAAUCAAGAGACAAAAUGCUUUUUGGCUAUUGGAAUUAGGAGCCGGGUCGACCCGCCUGUUUCCGAUGACUAUUUUGGGAAUAUAGUUAGCAAAGCUGAAUGGGGUUGUAAGGUGGAAGAGUUAUUAGGCCGUGAUUUGGGCUGGGCUGCAAUGAAUUUACAUAAACUUGUUAAAGCCCAUGAUGGAAAUGUGAUAACUGAUUUUUAUAAAGGGUUGGCUAAAUCACCUUUUGUGAUUCCAAGAGGAUUUGAGGAAGAUCCACUUGGAGAAACGGGUUUGAUAAUGGGAGGAUCCACAAGGUUUGAUAUGUUUGGGUCAGAAUUUGGAUUGGGCCGAGCUUUGGGUAUUAGAAUGGGCUAUGCAAAUAAAGAGGAUGGGAAGAUAACAGCAAGUCCUGGGUGUGAAGGUGGUGGAAGUGUAGACUUGGAAAUAUGCCUUAGGCCUCAUGUUAUGGCUACUCUUGAAUCUGACCCAGAAUUUAUGCAAUUUGUGUCUUAUAAUUGACAAGUUAUUUCUGUGAAAGACUAUUUUUUAGUGAGAUAGUUUUAUAUAAGGAAUCUAUAGUUUCAUAAAAUGUAUUAGGUGAAUUAUUUAACUUAUGUAUGAGACGCGUCUUUCGGUGAAAAUCUCUCAUAUAACAAUUUCUGAUAAUUGAUGAGUGGGUUUACUUUGUACUUUUAUAAAUUUAGGCAACCUUUUUAUCAAUCACUAAUAAAGGUAAAUUUGCAUACAAAUAAUGUCCAAAAUGUAAUGUCCAAAAUGUCGUUAUUUAUAACAUUGCAUGACCUAAUUCUAUAUGAUUAUUUUAUGAUAAACACAAUAUUAUGCUUUUAUAAAGUUGAUAAAUUGCUCUUUCUCCAUGUUUGGUUAGUGAUAUUAAAUGAUGAAAAUAGUAUUGGAUUUUAGUGUUAAUUUUGAUGAAAUGUAUUGUGUUAUUUUCAUGGUGAUGAAGUUUUCAUCUUCAGACAUGUUUUUUCUUCUCAAUUUUCAUUAGUACGUAAUACAAUCUUCCUAAGUAGUAAUAGAUUUUGAAGAAUAAAAUUAGAAGACAAUCGUGGCCAUAAACCUUGUUAAUGUAAAUUUUCUAGCAAAAUUACAUUGUUGUUACAUUUUUCAUCACCAUUAUUAUUCAUAUCAUUUUGUACCAACAAUAUAUUAAACAAGUCGCAUAAUAUAGAGUUUUCUUAUGGCCAAUAGGAGUUUGUAUGUCCUAAUGAACAAAAAUUUUUCAUUAUGUAGUGUUUGGGAACAAGUAUUUUAUUUCAAAUUAUGGAUUUUAAUUAUGAAAUUAUAAAUGAAGAAUUUGAGAAUGACAAGGUUUAGGUAUUCAUUCUCAAAUUCUCAACUUUAACUACUUUAAAAAUCAUGGUGGAAUUUGAUCUAAAUUCAAAUUUGAAAAGUUGAUUGCCAAACAAUAAAUUUGAGCCACUUCCAAAUUUUUAAAUGGAAUUAUUGUUUCCAAACAUGGCAUUAGAGAUUUUGGGUUCAUUUGAUAUCCUACAAAUCUACAAUUGGUGAAUUAUAUGUUGUUCUUCCCCCUAAAAUUAUAAUAAAAUCUUAAAAUCCGAUGUAAUCGUAAAAGUUUAAUAAUUGGUGAUAUUUACUAGUACUAGAACGGAGCAAAUAUUAGGACUAUUUUUUUAAUUUAUUUUGAAAUGGAAGCUUUAUAUGCUCUUUUACGAAUGAUUAAAAAAAUUGCAUCAAUUUUAAAAAUAAUUAACACUAAAAUGUAUAAUUACAUUUCAAAAUAAAAUAGUUUAUACUUAAAUAUUUGCUCAUAAACAACAAUAACAAGACGCAGUCCAUCUCAUAAUCACGAAUUAAUCUAUUAAAAACGAAAAAUAAAAUAUGAACUGGAAAACGUAAUAAUACAAACAAUGCAUCGUAAAAUUAAUUUAAAGCCCUUAAUUUUUGGGUCCUAAGCAGUGGGGCACAGUAAAUGUGCUAAAACCGCCCAUUAUCAGUAAUUUAAGAUAUAAUAAUUCUGCCAUAUUUUCUUUAAAUAUUAUGUAUAAUAUAUAAUUGUAAGAUAAGAUGUUGAUCCUUUGGAGAGAAAUAAUGUCAAUACAUCUAAAAAUUAAUUCCGAACAUUAUUCUUAAUUUUUUAUUAAGUUUAUAUGCCGAAUUUAAUUCA